AUGAAGCCAACAGGGGAGGAACGAUGCGCAGAGCUGACCGAGUUGGACUAUGCGCCUCAGCAAAGCACGGGUGUUGCUGUAACUGUCGAUGAGCUGCAGCAUCCAGCAAAAGACGCUGCGGUGACUGCAGCAGAGAAAACUCCGCAAACUCUGAAUGCUUCAAAGUGCGCUCCCCGGGGCAGUGGGUGGAAUAGUGUUGGCCGCCACUUCCGAGCGGAGGUGAUGAAGAUUCUUCGCCUGCAGAUAGACUGCGGUUUGUACAACAACGACUGGCGGCUGGUGUAUGGGGGGAGCUCCUUGGUUUGCCUCCACCCCUGUGCGUUGCUGGUGGUACGCGCGGCUGCUGUCAUAGGCCAUCUGACGGCAUUGAUCUUCGAGAACUUUUAUAAUGAAUUGCUGUUCUUCACAACCUGGACAAACCUGAUUUCUCUCGUGGCCUUCUUUCUCUCCACUGUAACCAGCAUAGUUGCAGUCUGUUCUCUCAGCGAUCAGGGGCGUCUGGCCGAAACAGAUGGAGGGUUGGAUCCCUGCGCCAAAGCUGCGCCUCGUCGUGGCCUUUUAUCUUUUUUUCACGAUGUUGCUACAGCAUACAGGCAACUCCUGAAACAGAGGGCAGAGCUCAGCUGCAUGGGCUCCCCUUCAGACUCCAAGGACCUCCAGCUGCGCGGAUGCUGCGCUUUCCGGCGGCCUUUCAGUGGUAGCCCUCGUCGCCCUGCUUUGGAGGCGUUGCUGUGCUCGCAUGAUAUCGCGUGGAGUUUUGCACUCCCCAUGAAUACCGUCAUGUUUCUGGUUUACUGGAUACUGCUGUAUCCGCAGGGGAGCCAUUCACGGCUGUGGACUACGGUGUAUCUGCACCUCUGUUGCCCCAUAGCAACCUGGCUGCUGGCUCUUCUCUCCAGAGCGCCGUACCGACUCUCCCUGCUUCCUCUCGGAAUCCUGCUUGGUGUAUUCUACUCAGUUUUGAUUGCCAUUUUGCAAUGCUUCGGCAUUGGCUUCCUGUACUGGUUUCUGAAUUUUCAGAAACGUCCUGCUCUUGCCUGCGGGAUGAGCGGCUGCACGGUGUUUGUGCUGACCCCGCUUACUGCCUGCUUAGCUUUCCUCGUAUUGCACCGCAACUACCUCGGUGUCUUCCCUGCAAACAAGUGA